AUGCACCCUGCUGCUUCCCUCCUUUCUGUGUUUGUGGCCACUGCGCUGUGGGGAGCAGCCCCUAUCAGGGGGCUUAUUCGAGCGACUUCAUACUACAAUGCAAGCAUGAACUUUGCAGACCUCCCAGCUCUCUUUGGGACUGCCUUGAGCCCGGAGGGACUUAAGGGGUUCCUUGUGGAGGCUCACCCAGCCAAUGCCUGCAGCCCUAUUGCCCCACCGGCUCCAGCCUGGGUCAACGGGUCAGUUUUCAUUGCGCUGCUUCGAAGAUUUGACUGCAGUUUUGACCUCAAAGUCCUAAAUGCUCAGAAGGCUGGGUAUGAUGCCGCUGUGGUCCACAAUGUGGAUUCUGAUGAACUUGUGAACAUGGUGUGGAACAAUGAGGAAAUCCAGCAGCAGAUCUGGAUCCCGUCGGUGUUUAUCGGGGAGAAGAGCUCUAAAUACCUGCGUGCCCUCUUCGUCUACCAGAAUGGGGCUCAGGUGCUUCUGGUUCCCGAAAAUACAUUCCUUUUGGGCUAUCGCCUCAUCCUUUUCUCUGGGAUUUUGGGCGUGCUAAUUUUGGGCAUGGGAGCGAUUGUGACAGUUUGUUGUAUCCAAUUCCAGAAACAGCACCGGAACCGACUAACUGAAGAACAACUGAAGCAGAUUCCUACACGUGACUAUCAGAAGGGAGACCAGUAUGAUGUCUGUGCCAUCUGCCUGGAGGAAUGUGAAGUUGGGGACAAACUGAGGGUACUUCCUUGCACUCAUGCCUAUCAUUGCUGCUGUGUGGACAAGUGGCUCACUCAGACCCGGGAGACUUGCCCUAUCUGCAAACAGCCUGUUCAGCGGAAUCCUGAGGAGGAGGAGGAGCAAGAGGAAGAAAUUCAGGGACAAGAGGGUGUUGAGGAAGGGGAGCCAAGGGUCCACCUUGCCUCAGAACACCCACUUCUGGGCCUCAGCACCACACUUCCCAUAUCCUUUGGCUCCCUCGCCCCAGUCCCCUUUGUGUUUCUUGCGUCUUCAAUAGAUCCCUCACCCUCUCCAUCCUCCUCUUCCUCUUCAGCUGCCAUCUUGAACCAAGACUCCCUUUCCUUCCCACCUUUGGCGACCAAUUUGCACAGCCUCUCUUCCUCAGCCCUCAGUCUUCUAUGUUGA